UGAUGAACAUUAUAAUAUUAUGACAGAACAGUUUGAAUUUACUUUUAAUAGUAGAAUUCAGUUUAAAAAAUAUUCUCAAAAGAAUAAUCAAGGUAGCAAGGAUAAUAAUUUGAAUACAUUUAUUGUACCUAUUCUAUCUAAUUCUGAAGAUUGUUAA